AUGAGGCAACUCCAGCUCUCGUCGAGUUGUCCUUUCUGUGGGAAAUCUUUCUUGAAGACGGAGGUGACCCGAAGACAUGUCAAAGCGUGUGCGAAGAAACACGACCAGCCUAUUCCAGAAGCAGGGAAGGCAGGGCGAAAACGCCAGUCGUGCGACUCUUGCUUCGAAGCCAAAGCAGCUUGCGAUAAAAAUCUACCAUGCUCACGUUGUACAUCUCUCGGACGGCCAUGCACUUUCGCGGCUCAACCCUCGCCAUCGCCGGGGUCGACAUGCUCGGCAGCUGCCUCCUCGCCUUCACCUUCUACAACUCCGCAACCCUCAGCCAGACAGGGUGGAGCCUUUUCUUUCCUUCGACAUUUCGCCAGCCCUUAUGUUCAGAAAGAUCGGCUUGCAAUUGGAGAGACUGGAAAAAAUUCGACUCCAAGGAAUCUCGCAACCUUGUACUCUCACAUUGAAGAUGCCCUCAUCCCGAGCAACCCGCUGUCCGCCUUCCUUGGAUUUGGCGAUUACCCAUCAAAUCCCCUGGGUGGAGAGGAGGGCUUCCUCUCCGAUUACCUUUCCGACGCUCUUUUCCCAUCAAAUCUCUCUAAUCAAUUGACCGAAAUCACCUCGGAGUUAGUGGAAACGUCAAAGUCUAUGGGAAUACGCAGUGAAAACCCAGAACUCGACAUCAUGCACCUUACAACCGUCUUUGGAGUGUCCAAUAUGUCAUCCUUUAUCUCAGUCUUUUUUCAUGCCUUCCAUUGGCACUUGCCUAUUGUUCAUUCCCCCAGCUUCGAUCCAGUCAUGGACGAUACGACCACUUCUUCGUCUUGGAUUAUUGACGUCGCAGAGGAGUUUAUUUUUCGGCAAGUCUUACAUCUGUUGACUGUUUCAUCACCUAUGGAUCCUGCAAAUUUGCUCUCCACUGUUCAAACACUACAGAGUGCUUUGAUCAUCGAGAUGCUUCAAUUUGCACGCGACGAUUUGGGUACUAGACGUCGUAUUCGUAUCAUCCGUCAUCCGUGUCUGGUGUCGACUGUUAGGUCUCUGGGAAUCUUCCAUCUCAAGCGCAGUGCGAUACCUCUUAGUUGCGAUGAUGUUACUUGGAAGAACUUGGUCGCCGAAGAGAUGUGUUUAAGAAUAGCUUCCUGGGCUUUCCUUGCCGACGGUUUUCUCACUGUUUGCCUCAAAAACCAUCCCGCGAUUCCCAUCUUUGAGAUGGACUGCAAUUUUCCCUGGAGCGCUGAUUUGUGGGAGGCUGAAAGUGCAUCUGCUUUCAGCAAGAUUGCCGCAACACACUCGACGGAGCUUCCACUUCCAUCAUUGCGGGGGGUAGCCACUCAAUUACUCGAGAUCCCCAAAACGGCCCCGAUUUCUUGGAGUCUCUCGAUAUCUGCUGAACAUCUCUUGAUUUUGAUCUACGCCAUCAACUCUCUCGCCUUCCAGACCAGGGCAGGCCUUCUUCCAUACUUGUCAGUCGACAGAAUCAGCCUUGCAGCCGAAAACUGGAAGCGUAUUUGGGACUCCGUCAUUGGCUCCUUUGAUGAUGACCAAUAUCUCCAUUUGGGCUACCCAAAACACGCUGAAGAGCUCUGGUGGCUACUCAAGGCAACAUUGGAUGUUACCGAGCAGCGUGGAGUCAACUUCCGAUAUCUGGACAGCGCCGCGACGGAUGAUAUGGGGAGCUUGAACGAGUUCAUUCAGUGGUGUCAUUGCAAUUUCUCAUAA